CCUGUGCUGGCGCGAAAUGUGUGGACUCACUGUUAAAUGAGCCACCACUAGAAUAAAACGCUUGCAUAUGUGCUUUUGUUUUCUAGAAAGCAAACAUGCAGUAAGCGGCCUAGUCAUGUCUCGCAUUCUGAACAGUAUUGUUGCAGUUUGCCCAGAUAUGGGCAUUGGAAACAAAGGACAACUUCCCUGGCACUCAAUACGACUCAAUAACGAAUUAAAAUUUUUCCAGAGGAUGACCGCGACUCCUUCAAUUGAAGGGAGGCAGAACGUGGUGAUCAUGGGGAGGAAUACCUGGUUCUCCAUUCCGGCUCAAAACAGGCCGCUGAAGAACCGAAUCAACAUUGUGCUCAGCAGGCAACUGAAAGAGACCCCAGAGGGUGCUCAUCACCUGGCCCCUGAUUUCAGCUCAGCACUCCACCUGCUGGACACCGCCAAACUAGCAGGGCAGGUGGACCAGGUGUGGGUCAUUGGAGGCAGCACCGUUUAUAAGUUAACCUCUGUGUCCUGGGCAGAUUCCCAUAAAAUUCCCACAAAAAUCUACAUCGGGCCACCUAACCAUUCCCUACAUCUGAUUGGCUACACAGUCCCAUCUCUGUAAAAGAUGAACUGAGUUCUAAAUUAAGUUAGGCUACCUUAUUAAAUGUAGGUGAUUCCCCCUCUUUGUUGCUUUAUCUCUGCCCCUCCGUACACUCAUACACACACACACAGUGUGUUUUUAUCCCUCCGUGCUAUAACAGGAUGAAAGAGAACCCCCCUCGCGGUGAGGUAAGGUCACCCGGGCCUUUGAUCCGAUGUCAUGAUUUAAUUUGGGGGGUAGAGUUACGCCGACGCGUGCUGGAGAGCUGUGAUGCGAGCGGGCUUCUGGCCUGCGCCGGCCCUGACGCCCCCAGUGAAAGGCACUUUCGCCCAAUUUACCGUGAGGAAGUUUUGAUUGCCUCAUUUCGCCCUCAACUGUUUUAGAGAAGGUCACUCAGACCCAUAUAGACAGGGAGAUUCAGAACACCUUGAGAAAAUCAGCAGAUGCUCUUACCCAAGAUCAAUUUACACAGAUUACAUUUUUACAUACAGUACCAUGCAUUUAUACAGCGAAAUAUUUUUCACCCUAUCAAAUUGCGUCAUUUGUACCUUUAUGGUAUAUAUGCUGCAUUCAUGCUAUUGUGUGAUUUAGGACGUGGCAAAUGGUUGUCAGUUUCUAGGAGCCAUCGGACAUUUACAGUGCUGUGAAAAAGUAUUUUCCUAUGAUUUCCUCUAUUAUUGCAUAUUUGUCACACUGAAUGAUUUCAGAUCUAUUGAUAAAAUGUACUAUUAGACAAAGGUAAUGUGAGUAUACACAAAACAGUUAUUUCAUUUAUUUAAUGAAAAAGGUUAUCAAAUACCCAUAAUGUCCAUUUGAAAAAGUAAUUUCCCCGUAAUUGCUCAUUCAACAAAAAUGAGGGGGUUAAACAAUUUAAAUGAGGGGGUUGAACCAAUUAAAGGCAUAAAUCUGGCAAAAUAUAGAAUCUUCAACUGGGCAUUCACAGUAUAAUUAAGCAAUCUUCACUUGAGACCGAGACCUUGCUGUGGAGGGAGAUGUCUUUCUUGCUUUCAUGGUCAUAUCAAACAUCAUGAAAGAGUGUUGCUAUAAUAGCUUUCUUUUUCUCUCGCACUAUCCUUUUCUCCUUGUCCUCCAGCACGUCCACUUGAGCCUUUCAACUAAUUUGUGCUUAAAUUCCUCCCUCCUACACACACACGCACGCACACACAUUCACAUGUACCAAACGUACAGUUGCGCACAUCAGGUCUGUAAAGUCAUGGUAGUGGUGAAUUGGUUUCUUGGUGCUCUUUGUCAAACCUCUGUCCCCACCAUACCUACCUACUGAUGUGCGCAUGGAUGUCACACAUGCGCACAAACACACACUCAUAAACGCACGCACACAGUCCUGUCUGUUUGUGUACAGCUAACGCAAAGCAGCUCUCUUCUGGCUCCCUGUCGUCAUGGAAAUGAUUCAAGGAUACGCUGUGAAUGAGGACCUCCUACACUUAGCAUUGCACCAGUUCUUUGGUUAUUAGGCCUGAGAUGCAAGCUGUUGCGUCUUCAUCCUGGCUGUGGUACACUGUAAAUUGUCCAGUGUAAAUUCAACUCCACAGCUGUUAAUGUUGAUUUAACACUGAACAUUUUACUGUGUAGGGCUGAAAGAAAACUCUCUCACACACACAGACACACACACACACACACUAUGUUUAUUAACCAUUGUUUCCC